AUGUCUCUGGCCAUAAAAGUCUUCAUCCUCUUCCUUUUAGUCCAAUCUUCCAUGGCAAAAUAUUGGAUAGAUAAAAAUCCUUUUUCUAAGAUAAAACUAUUCAGACCGGACCCGUCGGAGAUUGACUAUUUCAGUAUCUUUACAGAUAUGAUUGGAGAAUGGCAAAGAGAAGCGGAUGAAAAAUACAAACUUCAGACAUCAACCAAUGACAUGGACCGAUCUAUAUUCCUACAAAACAAAGCUCGAGCUUAUAUUCGGCUUUGGGGGGCAUGGAAGAAUCAUAGGGGAUACCCUUACGGUGACUUGCGAAACAAGCUUCCAGGUGACUUGUGGCCAAAUCAAUUUCGUUACUAUUGUCGUCAAUCUGAGUGUAAAAAUCUCUUGUUCGAUCUUGUAGAUGGCCUUAGUACAGAAGCUGGCAUGCAUGAUUGA